ACCAUGCCAUUGCGCCGAGCCGGACCAUUAAACUCAUUUUCGCCUGUCAACUUCAUUUCAUUCCUUGGCGAAAGCUAGCUGCAGCACAUACUUAGCGCCGCAGCACCUCGCGCACCAGCAAGGCACUGAAUGUUUCCGCCAUACUGGUGUGCUGUUUCUCGGACAACAUAGAUUACGCAGGAAAUGAAUCCCGCUGAACCCUAAGAUCCGUCCUUCAGUAUGAACGCGGACGAGGAGCAGGUGGUAGCCAUGGUGACCAUUCGCGAAGCCCUUCUUUCGGUCGUGGGAGAGAAUGUCACCUUCAUCCAGCCGAUUGUGGAGGCUCUCUCCGGGCUAGGCUUCAACGAGCAUGCACAGGCCGGGCUAGCCUUCAGUCUGCUAGAAGCGGACCAAGCGGCAGGCCUCACUGUUCGGCAGCGGCUCGCGCUAAAAGCUGCCAUUCAAGCUGUGGCGGCUCGCCUGGGCGCGGGGAGCGCGACAAGAGCUGGUGAGUUGCGGGUUGGGGUUGUUUGGGUUUUCCCGAGCGGGUUGGGUUUGUCCGAGCUCAAGUACUCUCUGAAGAUGUUUGUCCUGUCUUGCAUGCUUCCCCCUUCAGGCCACGCGGAGUCUGCGGCUGCCGGGUCGCUGACAGCUGCUGCUGCAGAAUGCGGCCAUCGUGCUUGUGGCAUCCCCGCCGCCCUUGCAGGCACAGCGGUUGCACCUGGAGGAGUUCUCGACGACCGAAGCUUUGAGGUGGCGCUGGCGAUGCUUGCGGUCGUCCCCGGGACACCGCCGCCCGCAACUGCUGCCGAACUUCGGCGCUGGCUGGAGCAGCCGCUGGGCAGGCCGCUGCCGCUGGAUCCGUCCGCUUACAACUGGCUGCGCUACGAUGUGGACAGCCGCCGCGUGCUGCACCUUGUGGAGGCGACCCCUGGGGCGUUCGCCUUGUCGGCCACGGUAUUCACGGCCCUCACCCCCGGGCCUCCUGGCGGAUCGGAGAUAGCGCUCGCUGUGAAGUUGGGUCCGCUCAUCAACGCCCUAUUUGCGCGACUACAGGCCCUGACAGGGCUGCUGCCUCACCGCCUGGACCAUGACACAGACCGUUCGCGCGGACGCCUGCGCCCAAAUUUCUGCUUCUGGGUGGACGACACGCUCGUGUUCAAGGGGGAGGUCACGGCGAAAAGCCACGACAUGAGACUCGCUGUGGAGAAGCUUGGCUCCAAAAUGGGGCAUGUGUGGUCGCCAAUCGCUUUUGGCAACCUGCCGUAUCUGCCGUGCUAUGCGACUGCGGGCCCACAGCUCCAAUUCUACGCCGUCCUCAAGAGCCAGCCUCAGCAGCCCGUCAGCAUCAGCAAGCAGUUCGAUCUUUCUGUGGUCGCCGAUCGUGUCGAGGUGGUGCACCACGUGGUCAACGUCUUCCGCCUGCUGUGCUGGUGCUUGCGGCCGCUGCUGCCGCCGUACCCUGUGACCGUUGGGGCUGUGCUCGAGCGCCCGCCUGGUACCACGAUCACGAUCCUCGCGGACCGGGUCGUCAAGAAAAUCAAGUACUUCGCCAGCAACAACAAGGGUGUCGAGUACAACGACCUGGCCAACGUGUAUGGCGCGACCCGCCACGCUGCAGGCCUCAUCCACGCCAUCGAUGGGCCGACGCUCAGCGAGAGCAAGGGCACGUACCAGGUGGUCCUGGCGCCCCUGGGUAAUCGCCGGCGCCCCACGAACGAGGGCGAGCUGCGGCGGGCGAUCCAGGACGUGCUGCACGGCGUCGCUGCCCUACACCAGGCCGGCUACGUGCACCGCGACAUCCGCUGGGAGAACGUGCUGUGCAUCGGCCAGGACUCGUGGAUUCUGUCAGACCUGGAGUCUGUGGCGCGGGAGCCGGCGCAGACGGCUGCUGGCGAGGGCAGCUUCCGCGCCGCCUGCUGGACGGACGAGACCCUGGACGAGCGCGGCAUGUACACAACCGCGUCGGACGUGCAGCUUGUUGGGGAGCUGAUUGAGACGUGCAAGAUUCUCUCACUGGGCGCACAGUGCGUGGAGCUCAAGGCGCAGCUGACGGCGUGCGCGGCGGCCUCACGCCCUUCUGCAGCAGAAGCGCUGUGCCACCCCUGGUUUUCCGCAAGCGCGCCGCUCUGAGCGUGGCACCUGCUAAGUGCAGCUUCCGUGCGCGGGGUCGCGCGCUACGCGCGGGCCGCUGCGGCCCUGCACGCGGCUGCUGCUGGGCAGAGCGCUAGGCUGUAGUCCGCGCUAGGCUGUGGUCGGAGCAGGCGGGCCGCGAGCGGAUGCCGCACAGCGUCCUGGACCUCCCGUAGGCCGCUCUUUGCCGCCGGCAUCGCGGGGCCUCUGGCCCGCACAUCAGUAGCUGCCUGCCAACGAGGCUGGGCGGGGCGAUGAAGCCUGCCGCUGGGUGACGUAACGCGCCAAGCCGUCCGCGCGCGGCGCCAUCGUCCCCAUGCAGUCACUUGGGGCCUGGUGAUUGCGUUGUGGAAGCCUUUUUUGUUAUUCAUACAAAGCAUGAACUUUGCAUCGGCAUCUCGUUUACUACAUAUGAAGACUACCGGUCCGCUGGACAACUGCGAACGAGUGUGGAGGAGAGCGAGGCCUGUGCUAAGACAGCGUGGAGUUGGGUGCGUUGCGGGGCGGGUCGGGGGGGACCCCCACGGCCAUGCAUGAUGGAUGAAUUGAGCAGACAGUUAUGGAAUGUUGCAGCUGUGGGCGACCUCUGACCCCGAAACACGGCCGCUGCAGCCUACCAGCCUCUUUGGGACGAGACGUGACAGUUAGCCGCCCCAACUGAUGUGAUAGUUACCCUACUAGUUCCCUCAAAAGCCUUUUGGGAGGGUCUAGGGUCUGGCUCGCGCCGACGCGUGAAUGAUAGAGAAGAAGAUACAGUUAGCGCUCGAGGUGAUUGCGACGUCUGAGGGGCCAGAGUCAGAGUGGGAUGCCGAGUGGGGCGCGUGGAGCGAGUGGCUCCUCGGGCGUGUGCAUUUGCAUCAAUUUCCGGGGAAUGGACAAAGCGAUGAAAAGGAGGCAGCACAGGGCAUUACGGAAGGAUGUGUAUGUGGUCGGUUUACACGGGGAAGUGGCUGAAGAAGAAGAAGACGCGUUUGCCCUUUCAGGGGAACCCUACCACCGAGCACAUGCCCGGCACCAGCAUGCCCUGGCCUGGCUGGUGGCAAGUGGUGGAAAAGAUGUUGACGAAUGGGAAGGAGGUGACGCGACUAGUGCGGGACAAGAACCAAGCCUGUGAGCAACAAUGACGUACAAAGGUGGUGUAAUGCUUGUGCCAA